AUGGCAGCCUCAGCGACUCCAGGCUCUAUAAGAAAGAUCUCGAGGCGUUCUCCGAAUCGCAGUGGCCAGCGCACACCUUCUGCAGCACUCGAGGCGGUAGGGAGCCGACCACGGCGGGCGCAGCGGCGGCCGACGAAGCAAGCGUCCUACGAGCUCGCCAACCACGCCAAAGCAUAUCUCGAGGGCAGCCAAUUCGCCAGCGGAUAUGACUUUCUCUACAGCCUCCUCGCCGCCGGGACCUCAAUUUCGACGCCGGCGCAGCCCUACAUUGGCUUCCUCGCGCCACCCGCAUACAUAGCACUCGCCUCGUCCCUCAUCGCAUACCCACAUGUAACUACCAAGUCGCGAUCAAAUGACGCAACAAAAGGCUCAGAUGCCGCAUUGCGAUACCUACAAUGUGUGCACUGUACGAUUGAUGGCCCCGCAUACCCCACCAUAAGGAAGGCCUUCACCUUCCCAGAAGAGCGCAGCCGGCGGCGUGUGCCUGGUAAUCGAGCCGCAGCAGCCAGUCUCUCGCCAGAAGCUGGCGGUGAUGUUGAACGGAUAGCGGGUGCUGCGGCGAAUGCGCAGAGCCUGUGGUAUCGCGCUGAAGACUUCUGGCACAUUGUGGGAUGGGCAUUCAAUUGCUCCAUAGCGCAUAAAAAGAGGUGGAGCCGAUGGAAGCUGUGGCUCAACAUCUCAGUGGACUUCCUGGAAGCCGAUUGGGACGUCUGUGUAAAGCAAAGUAAAGGCAAUGAGAAGGGUGGAGAGUCGAUACUGCAGGAGAGCCUACUCUGGCGCUACAUAGUUGGCGAGGCAGAGUCUACGAAUCGUGGAAUGCGGCGAAGAAUCGUCAAGGCCAUACUCGCAUUGGCUACAACAGAGUCACGGAAGGAGUACCCUGAGGUGUGGGAGACGGAAACAGCCGAGCCGAAGCGGAAAAGGGAAAGCAAUCAACCGCUCGGUGAGGUUGAUUUCGAGACUGGCGCGGUUGGCGACUACGACAGCGAUGAAGAGAUGGAAGAUGCAGUAGAACAGAUGGACGACGUCAAGUCUGGGAGCUCGCCAAGGGUACCGAGUGAUGAUGAUAUCCAAACUGUGCACGAUGCUGUUGAGCGACUUGGCGGACAGGGUGCUAUUGAGCUUCGACAGCGACUCAUAGCGCUGCUUGCACAAGUAGCGCAGGCGUUGCCAGCGCAGUUUACUACACUGAGUGAUUUCUUCGACAAUAUACUCGAGGACUUUAUACACCUGCCAACUAUCGUCUUCAAGGUACUACUGUCAACACUAGAGAUGCCAGCCCUCUUUCAAGUCGCCUUCAAUGCCAACCUCCUGCUUCCAUUGGUGAGCCGCACUCUACCUGACUACUUUCGCUACGAGCCUAGGCAGGAAGAUUUCGAGGCGACUCUGCUCCCCCUCAAAGGAACUACGCAGAGUUAUGCUGCAAAUGCGAAAAUAUCGCUCAUCUUAGAGCAGAUGGUCAUGUACAUGAUGGCUUGUGAUGCUCUGACGCCCACGGAGCCGCUCCGCCAAGCCAUGGAAACUGGCAUCGAAGCAAGACAAGGCGUAUUCGGCACAGGUAGAGGAAAGAGAGGGAACCUCAGAGAAGAAAAGCAGGCACAGGGCCUGAUGGAGGCGAGUUCAGAAAGGUUGUUAGGGUUGUUGGAAGUACUAGAGAUCUCAGCAGGUAAACCGCCGCAACUACCGAAAGAGGAGAGCAAGACUGGUGCAAAUCCAGCAAUGCUGUCUUUUGGUUCCGGUUCGUCACUUUCCCCUGCUCCUGAUAGCGACACCGAUCUGGAUGAGUAA